AUGGCUGUUGGUUCCACAAGCAGAGGCAUAGCAUUAACUGUUGCUCCGAUGGUCAUGUCAUCUACGAAAAAUGUAGCAGCACAGUCAACUGAAUUUAAACACAACGAAGAUACUCUUCUCGACUUUAUGAUAACAGUUAUUGUUCCAAUUAUUGUGUACAUUAAUAUUGAGAAACGACAAGAAAUCAUUGGAGUUAACGGAAUUAUAAUCGGUCUUGCUUCUAUUUUCCUUAUUUCAGCCAAGAUUGGACUUUUUAUAUGGUUCACCAUAAAAAAGUAUCAAAACACUGAAGGUUUUUUCUUUAUCCAAUAUUUAAUAACUACUCUUGUUUUUAAGUUUAGCAAUUUAAUAGUAACACGUUUCAUCAAACUAUUUCUAAUAUCGGCAUUUGUAGUAUUAAAUGUCGGCCUAUCAAUCCAAAUUAUUUUCUUGGUGAUUUAUACUUUACGUGGUUACUACAAUAAUGAAGACUACCUCAUUGUAUUAGUACCUAUCUUGUUAUUUUCUUUAUGUGCUGAUAUAAGAUUUAUCUGGGUCAUAACACAUAAAUCUGAAGUUGAUAAUAUUUCUGCAAGCACGCAGUCUAAAGAUUUUGAAUGGAGCGCUAAAAUAUAUAGUCAAACGUUGACAGUGAUCAGUCUUUCAAGUUCUGUGCUAGCAAUGUUACUUUUAGAUCCCAGUGUCACUUGGAUAAAACUUUACUUAACACUCGUAGUCAUAUCUAAUACGUUAUUAUAUUAUAAUAUAGAUUUAAAUAAUUACCAUGUUGCUAGAGUUCAAAUGACUGCAAAUGAGCGUUUAAGGGAUACAAAUACGGAAAUAUAA